AACAAAUGUUAGCAGUCUUGUAGCUUUAGUAUAGUAUAAAGUAUGGCGGUAAAAGGUGUAUCUGCGGAUGAAACGAUCUGGAGUUUUUUAGAGGCAGAAAGUGAAAAGGAUAAAGGUGAUGCUGCAUAUGCAUGUAGUUCCGACGAGUCAGACAUUUUAAUGGAUGAAUUUAAUGCUACGUCUUCAAAAAAUGUUGAUGCGCCCAAUCACUGCUGCCUCAGUUCGGAUGAUGAAACAACUGUUCACACUUCAUCAAAAUUACAGAAGUUACUAAACGAUCGUAGUAAAAGUAAACGUACAGUUCAACAAACACAUCUUGAGGAGUUAUCGGCAGAAGAUAGUAUGGAAGAUUGGGUGCGAAUAGUUACAGAUUAUUACCCUGAAGAUCAUAAUUUAAGAGAAACUGUUAUGGAAUCAGGCAUGGACGGUGUUACACCUCUUGACUAUUUAGCAAUGUUUUUAUCUGCCGAAUUCUGGGAUCUUUUGGUUACAGAAACUAACCGACAUGCUGCACAGACACUUCGUAAAAAAAAAUUAAAAAAAGGAUCAAAUUUGCGCACUUGGAAAGACACAACUGUUGCUGAGAUGAAGGCUUACUUUGCAAUUCUUUUGUCCAUGGGGCUGUGUAACACUGUUGAUAUGCAGGAUUAUUGGUCAGCAUCCUGGAUUACAGUAACAAGCAGCAUUAGCAAGAUUAUGUCAAGAGUCAGAUUUACUCUAAUAAGAGCAAUGCUUCACUUCUGCAAUGAUGAAGAGAGUUCUUCUAAAAACAGCCAAAAACACAAUCGCCUUUUUAAAGUGCGUCAAUUGAUAGAUGUUCUUGUCCCCAAGUUUUCUGCCCUAUAUAAGCCAGACAAAGAACUGGCCAUUCAUGAGAUGACAGUUGCAUGCAACUACAAAUCAGAACAACGCGUGCGGAAAAAACCAAUCCAAUGGACUGACAAAGUGUAUGCGCUUACUGAGGCUAGGACUGGAUACUUGUUAGAGUGGGCAAUACAUGCUGGGUCAUCAAGGGAAACAGAAAAAGGAGCUAGCAUUGUGAGAAAGCUAUGUACCCGCUAUAUAGGCAAACAUGACAUUUAUAUUAAUACUGCAAACAGUUACACAAACCGUAACCUUGCAAAAGAAUUCGUUAGCCAGACAAAUGGUUCUGGUGGCAUUCCAGGAGAAUUAAAAACGAUAAAUGAAAAAAACAACCCUGUGUGUGCAAAAAGUGCAGUUCGUAGUUCAGAAAUAAAAGCAAAAUCUGCAACACAGAAAGGAAACAAAAGAAGCUACAAUGAUAUGAAAAAGGCAAACUCGAAGAAGCGGUACAAUUACUUGAGUGGAGUCAUUCCUAUUUUUCGGCAAUUGAACUUAUUUCGACAUAAAACGGUGAAAUGGUCUUUAAGAAUAUUUGAGAAUCUUGCACAAAUCUGUGUGGUCAAUUCUUAUAUUCUUUACACGUCAAAAACUUCUGAUUCAAGUGAUAAGAUGGAUCUCAAGAAGUACAUCGAGGCAUGCGUUUCUGGUUUGCUGGUGGAUUAUAACCCACACAUUACAGAAAAAUGGAGGCCACCACAACCAGGUACGGUUUUGUCAAGAAUUUUGCCACCACAGUAUGUUCACAAGAUAAUAAAAAUUGAUAAAAAGCCUCAAUGUGUUGUAUGCAGUGACAGCAGAAGGAAACUUGGAAGAAGGCAGACAUCAUUUAUGUGUGAAAAGUGUAAUGUUGCCUUGUGUGUGGUACCUUGUUUUCAUCGAUAUCAUACUUUGAAAAACUACCGUGUCUGUCAUCUAGAUAUGUAGGAACUCAUUUUAAUGAAUGUGACAUUAUUUUGUCUUUUCUCUACCAUUUCUCACUAAUUUAGAAACUUUACUUUAUAUGUCUACCCGUCUGAUCGGCGAAGUUUGUCUGGUGUUAUCUUGAAUUCUUUUUAUGGACUAUCUUUUAGUUGUUUGUUUUUAACAAAAAAAGAAUUUUAAAGUGCUUUGGACAUGCUAUGUUGCAAGACUUCAGUUGUCACCUUGUUUAUUCAUUAUUGCUUCCUUUUUCUACAAUUUUUUAACACAACAGUUUAUACUUCUACACUGCCUGUCUUUUUGUGUAAAACUAAAAUUACCACAUAUGGGGAAACAUAACAUAAUCAUGUGAGAAAGUAGGACGAUAGCAUAUACUUAUCAUUUUAAUUUUCUUUUCAUUACUGUUUUCAGUUAUACCGUGUACUUUCUCUUUCUUUCUUUUCUGU